AUUAAUUUUUAUAGCAUAAUUUUUCGGAAAAUGGCCAAUUUUAUAUAUAUCACAGAUCAUAUUUAAGCGAUUCUUUUCAGUUAUUUUUUAAAAUAAUUGGCCUUCAAAAUUAGAAUGUGUUCACUGCAAUAAAUUUGUAUAAAUCCAUCAAAGGAAUACUCUAUUGCUGAAUUAUUAAUAAAAACUAUGAAAACUUAAUUUGCAAUAAUUUAUUACGACCAUUUUUGAAGAAAGUUAAAAGAACAACGAAGAGGACUUUCGAAUCCAGAUUCAGCAAUGGGGUCCCCAUGUGAAGAUUUUAACGCCACGCCUUUUCCAGGGCAGAUGAUGGAUUUUCCUUCAACGCCCACAAGUUCCAAUUUUGAUAGUUCAUUUUGCUCAGAUUUUGGAGGACCCAUUACUUCAACACCAAAUCGUUUUGGUGCAUUACCUUGGUCAGAUGAAUGUCCCUCAACACCAACUAGAGGAUUUGAUGAUAGAACUUUUGAUAUGUCAGGAAGCAUUGAUGUAUGUCAGAAUGAAUGUGAUUUUGGACAAGGUGGUCCAACAAAUCAAACUGCUUGUGACGAUUCAUUUUUCGGGGAUUUCCCAAAUAACGAUACUCAAUGGCAAAUGGAUUGCCCUUCAACACCAACUCAACAAGGUGGUGAUUUUUCAUGGGAUAUUGAUUUCGGAGGUGGCGCCACUUCAACACCAAAUCAAGGUGGUGAUUUUUCAUGGGAUAUAGAUUUCGGAGGAGGCGCUACUUCAACACCAAAUAGAUGUUCACAAGGUGGUGCCUUCGAUUCCUCAUUUGGUUUUGGCAGUAAUCCAUUUGACUGUGAAGAUUUCACUCCUAGUGCCAGUGCAAGUGACUUUGAUAACUUUGAUUCAGAUUUUGGUGGUAAUUCAACUAUGGAAGCAUUUUCUCAAGUCGAUUUACUUUAUGACGAGGAAUGUCCUGGAGAAUCAGAGGACCAGUGGAGUAACAUGACAUGGUAUGGCGGUGGUACAACUCCAGGUAUGGAUCUUAAUACUGUUUUACCAAUGGCGCCAGAAAAUGAGAGGGAAUGGAGAGAUCAAGUCGCCACUUGCGAAAAGAGGGGUUGGAUAAAGCCAAGUUGUAAUCCUUUUAGUAACCCAACGGUUAUGUCUGAUUCACUAAACGCAAUGCUUGACGUGCCUCGAACAAGAGUAAAUACCUUACCAGGAAUAGAAGAAUUCAGGUGUGCAAAUGAGUGCGAUGAAACAAUUAUAAAUGAGAAUGAUGAAUCAAACUACUUCAGUUGCGACGAUGAUACUAUGACUCCUGAUGACACGAUGUACCACUCAUUUGAUGAUAGCUACGGGGAAUCAGAUUAUGAAACAUGCCCUGAGUACGAUUAAAACAUGCUAAUAUGCAUAUUUACUCAAACGAUGAAUUCAGUAUUCAAAGGCAUUAAUAGUUUAUGCGGAGGUAAUGGAAAUAAAUUUUUUAAAUAAUAUUUAUGCUCUACCGACGAUGAGGCAACAAUCAUUGGAUAUAAUAGUAAGAAAUGUCAAAAAUGUAGCUGAGCAAAUACAUAUUAAUAGCAUUACACAAUAUACAACAACUGUAGACAGUGACAGUUGCUCUUUUGCGAUUAAUCUCUAUAUCUACACAGAUUUUAGAAGUGUCGUGUCACGUAUCACACAUUCAGCAAAUGGGUAUUCCUUAUCAACCUGACGUUAUAGAUAACUUUGUAGCUGUAAGUGAAAAAUUAUUUUAAAAGAUCAAUCCAAGGAUACAGAUUCUUUACAUUACUACAAACGAAAAAGGCAGAUGAACGAAUGCUAUAUCCGGUGUAUUGUGUACAAAAAAUAUCAAAAAUAUACUUUAAAAUAUCGAAAAAUCUAAAAUAAUAUAUUUUUGACUCAAUAAAAUCUACCAGCAGUUCA